AUGGGAGAAAGAAUUGAUGAAUAUGAAAUGGAAAAUAAAUCUGCAAGACCUCCAGUUUCAAGGUCAGUGUAUGGGAAGCAGGCUGAGCAAACAGUCGCUGGUCCCGUUCCGGUCAGUGGUCUCGGCGUUUCAUCCGCUUUUAUCCCGUACCUUACCCCUUUUGUGGUUCGUGUAGGUCCCGUUCCGGUCAGUGGUCUCGGCGUUUCAUCCGCUUUUAUCCCGUACCUUACCCCUUUUGUGGUUCGUGUAGGUCCCGUUCCGGUCAGUGGUCUCGGCGUUUCAUCCGCUUUUAUCCCGUACCUUACCCCUUUUGUGGUUCGUGUAGGUCCCGUUCCGGUCAGUGGUCUCGGCGUUUCAUCCGCUUUUAUCCCGUACCUUACCCCUUUUGUGGUUCGUGUAGGUCCCGUUCCGGUCAGUGGUCUCGGCGUUUCAUCCGCUUUUAUCCCGUACCUUACCCCUUUUGUGGUUCGUGUAGGUCCCGUUCCGGUCAGUGGUCUCGGCGUUUCAUCCGCUUUUAUCCCGUACCUUACCCCUUUUGUGGUUCGUGUAGGUCCCGUUCCGGUCAGUGGUCUCGGCGUUUCAUCCGCUUUUAUCCCGUACCUUACCCCUUUUGUGGUUCGUGUAGGUCCCGUUCCGGUCAGUGGUCUCGGCUUUUCAUCCGCUUUUAUCCCGUACCUUACCCCUUUUGUGGUUCGUGUAGGUCCCGUUCCGGUCAGUGGUCUCGGCGUUUCAUCCGCUUUUAUCCCGUACCUUACCCCUUUUGUGGUUCGUGUAGGUCCCGUUCCGGUCAGUGGUCUCGGCGUUUCAUCCGCUUUUAUCCCGUACCUUACCCCUUUUGUGGUUCGUGUAGGUCCCGUUCCGGUCAGUGGUCUCGGCGUUUCAUCCGCUUUUAUCCCGUACCUUACCCCUUUUGUGGUUCGUGUAGGUCCCGUUCCGGUCAGUGGUCUCGGCGUUUCAUCCGCUUUGAUCCCGUACCUUACCCCUUUUGUGGUUCGUGUAGGUCCCGUUCCGGUCAGUGGUCUCGGCGUUUCAUCCGCUUUGAUCCCGUACCUUACCCCUUUUGUGGUUCGUGUAGGUCCCGUUCCGGUCAGUGGUCUCGGCGUUUCAUCCGCUUUGAUCCCGUACCUUACCCCUUUUGUGGUUCGUGUAGGUCCCGUUCCGGUCAGUGGUCUCGGCGUUUCAUCCGCUUUGAUCCCGUACCUUACCCCUUUUGUGGUUCGUGUAGGUCCCGUUCCGGUCAGUGGUCUCGGCGUUUCAUCCGCUUUUAUCCCGUACCUUACCCCUUUUGUGGUUCGUGUAGGUCCCGUUCCGGUCAGUGGUCUCGGCGUUUCAUCCGCUUUUAUCCCGUACCUUACCCCUUUUGUGGUUCGUGUAGGUCCCGUUCCGGUCAGUGGUCUCGGCGUUUCAUCCGCUUUUAUCCCGUACCUUACCCCUUUUGUGGUUCGUGUAGGUCCCGUUCCGGUCAGUGGUCUCGGCGUUUCAUCCGCUUUUAUCCCGUACCUUACCCCUUUUGUGGUUCGUGUAGGUCCCGUUCCGGUCAGUGGUCUCGGCGUUUCAUCCGCUUUUAUCCCGUACCUUACCCCUUUUGUGGUUCGUGUAGGUCCCGUUCCGGUCAGUGGUCUCGGCGUUUCAUCCGCUUUUAUCCCGUACCUUACCCCUUUUGUGGUUCGUGUAGGUCCCGUUCCGGUCAGUGGUCUCGGCGUUUCAUCCGCUUUUAUCCCGUACCUUACCCCUUUUGUGGUUCGUGUAGGUCCCGUUCCGGUCAGUGGUCUCGGCGUUUCAUCCGCUUUUAUCCCGUACCUUACCCCUUUUGUGGUUCGUGUAGGUCCCGUUCCGGUCAGUGGUCUCGGCGUUUCAUCCGCUUUUAUCCCGUACCUUACCCCUUUUGUGGUUCGUGUAGGUCCCGUUCCGGUCAGUGGUCUCGGCGUUCCAUCCGCUUUUAUCCCGUACCUUACCCCUUUUGUGGUUCGUGUAGGUCCCGUUCCGGUCAGUGGUCUCGGCGUUCCAUCCGCUUUUAUGCCGUACUUUACCCCUUUUGUGGUUCGUGUAGGUCCCGUUCCGGUCAGUGGUCUCGGCGUUCCAUCCGCUUUUAUGCCGUACUUUACCCCUUUUGUGGUUCGUGUAGGUCCCGUUCCGGUCAGUGGUCUCGGCGUUCCAUCCGCUUUUAUCCCGUACCUUACCCCUUUUGUGGUUCGUGUAGGUCCCGUUCUGGGUUGGCUAGUGGAUGACCAGUUGUCCAAAUUUGGGAACUCUUUGGCAGAUCUGGAGACAGUCAGCCAGGGUUACUUCAAGACGGCGGUGUACCGUGGAACCAUCGUGUUUGUGAAGCCAGUAGAUGUGGAUAAGAUAACUCUCACUCGGUCCGUCUUAGUAGAAUUAAAACUGAUGCAUCAACUUCACCAUGAGAAUUUGACACGGUUUAUCGGGGCGGUACUGGAAUUCAAGAACAACUUCAUUGUAUCAGAAUAUUGCAGCAAGGGAAGUCUACAGGUAACAGUUAAAGUCACAGGCACCGUUUCUAAACACAGGCACCUGGGGUUUUUAUAA